CCUGGAGGAAGUGACGGCUCCCAGAGCCACCGCCUGGGGGAGAACAUCCCGAGUCCGGCCCGGAGAGAGAGAGGAGAGAGAGGAGCGGAUGGUGGCCGGAGAGCAGCGGAGAGUCCCGGAGUUUUCCCGUUUACAUUCCACCUCCUGCCCCGGCACUCUCUGCCCGGUGAUGUUUCCUCUGGUGCUGCCCAGAAAGUUGUGGCUUCUCCUUCCUAUGCUGUGGUGCUGCCAGCCGAGCCUCAGUGAGCUGAAAGUUCGCGUUCGCCUUGAAGACGGGCAAGUCGCAGAAGAGAGCCUGCAGGCGGAUAACGACAGAGACUGUAUUGCUUUGGAGUUCCGGAAAGCAGAUGGAACGUUUAUUACUUACUUGGCUGACUUCAAACAGGAUGUGAAGAUUUUCCGGAUCUUGAUAUUGGGAGAGCUGGAAAGAGGACAGAGCCAGUUUCAGGGACUGUGUUUCAUCACCCAACUACAAAGCAAUGAAAUUAUCCCCAGCGAAUCUAUGGCCAAGCUGAGACAGAAAAAUCCCAACACGGUCCGUCAGGCAGAGGAGAUGAGAGGGACUGAGAUUUUGCAGAUGGAAGUAGCGGUAAAUUUUACGAAAGCUAUCCAGCUGAGCUCCCACCUUUACAACAUCUGCUCUGAAGCCAGGGAGGCAAUCUACACGCGGCAGGAAGAUGUGAGAGCAUGGCUUAAGAAAGGUGUCGACGGAUCGAUGUUUGAGAUUCUUCCACAGUCUAACUCGCUUCCAGUUUUGCACCCCUGCAAGCUUUGCUCUCAUGAUUGGAAACCCUGCAUCUGCUCAUAUCGUCUAAGCUUGGAAUGGAUACCAUGCAGCCUGAAAUAUUGCAAAAGUCGGGAUUCAUCGGGCAAGACCACUUCUUACAAGUGUGGCAUCCGCAGCUGCCAAAAAGGCUACAGCUUCCACUUCUAUGUGCCCCAGAAACAGCUAUGCCUGUGGGACGAAGAGACAUAGCAAUGUCCGUUUGUAGCUUGUAUGUACACCAUUGUGCCCAGAAAUGAAAGAGGACCACAACUUCUUGAGAUCCAACAAGUGCAUUUCCCUAAAGUUACUUCUGUACUGUGAAACUUUAGGAUCUGGUAAGAAGUAGACUCUGCACAUUCACCUUACUUUUUGUUGAGAAGAAACAGGCUUAUCUAUUUUUUUUAAUUGCACAAUGACUGAACCUUCUCAGCACUCCUUAAUGUGCCUUAUCACAAAUAUGAAUUUUCUUCAACUCCAAUAAGUAUCUUAUCAAAUGUAGGUACCGACCUCUAGUGGGACUUUACUGAAACAACCAGUAUUAAAAAUAAACUAAAAACUGUGAAUAUUUGGGAAUUAACCCUUCCCUUGUCAACAGGACCAGUACUUCAUGCCACAAUGCCUUUUCCUGGUCCCUGUGGCAACAAUGGGUUAAAUACUUCCUGUGCCUUCAUUUAAUAUGAUGUAUUUUGAUAUAGUUCAGAUAUUUUUUUUU